AUGUCUCAGUCCUUUCAGACUGUCUCUGUAAAUGCGAAUGGUUUUGCCAAUGUUAUGAAACAUUCUGCUUUUUCUAACAUUGUGUCAGCCCACUGUCUGCAUGCCUGGUUGAUUGCUGAGACCAAGUCUCAAUCCUCUGUGCACUUGUGCAUCAACAUACCAGACUAUAAGGUAUUUGAAUCUCCUGGUGUUAAAGCUGACAGAACCACCUCCAAAUGGGGUGUUGCGUUAGGUGUUACUGCAUCAUUGCAUUCACAAAUGGUCCUGCUGCCACCCCAACUGGCCGGAAGAGCUGUAUGCAUUGAUGUCAUUAUCCCCUCAGACUCUGGUAGGGGCUUUCCCCAUCACCUCGUGGGGGUAUAUGCUCCAUACAAUCCAGGGGGAGCUCCAAACCUGCAUGACACUCUUCAUGACUUUUGGGACCACAUUUACCACCUAUGUGCAACUGCUCAACACUCCUGGCAAGUCAUAGGUGACUUUAAUGCUACUCUUAUGUCAUCUGAGGUAAUGGGUGAAGCGACUGGUAAUAAUCAUGCAUGCACUGCAUACUGUCACUUCUUACAGCAGUCUCAUGGGAUUGAUACAUGUGAAAUCCAGAAUGAUAACGAUGCUCAUCAUGUGUUCACCCUCAAUGCCUACAAUGGCUCCUGUUGGUCCAUCAUUGACCAUUGUGUGCACUCUGCCCAUGGUAUUGAUAUCUCAGUCAUCUCCACUCCUCAGUCUUUUAUGCCUGGAACUGAUCAUCAGCUGAUAUCUUCAGCAAUUGUCUGCUCACCCCCAGCUGCCCUCAAUGCUUCAUCAUCCUUGUCAUCUGCAUGUCCUCAAGAUCAGUCCCCAUAUCCUCCCUGCUUCAUUGUCCCUAAAUGA